AUGAGUGCGCUUCUCGUGAGUGCGGCGGCCAGCAUGUCGUGGAUGGGCGGCACGAGGAGCAGCGCGAUGCGCAGGCCAAAUGCGGCACCGCGCUCCGCCGUCAACAUGAUCUGGCAUGUCUUUCCCAGGGAUGGCGCUUCUGGGAUGUUGAAGACCGACUAUUACGUCGACCGCGGCCACCAGCAAGCCCUUGGCCGGUACGACAUGGUGGAGUUCGAGGGCCAGAAGAUGAACAUCGCCCCCGACCAGUGCAUCGUCCACGCUGCCGAAGACGGCUCGUGCAUCUACGUGUAUGCGCAGGGCCAGCAGCCGACCGGCUGGCGAACGUCCCCGUACGAGCCGUGGACCUGGAUGCAGCCCGGCGAGUCGGUGGCCCUGACGAACGGCCACAAGGUGAGCUUGGACUACACGGAUCCGGAGAGCGCCGUCUACAAGUUUGAGCGGUCCGGUUGGGCGGAAGAGUUCGGCAGCUACAACAGCGGGACCGCUCAGCCGCAGGGCGCCGGCGGCGGGCUGCCUCCCGGCUGGACGACGGUCCAGGAUCCGGCGUCUGGUCAGACCUACUACUACAACCAGCAGACAGGCGCCUCGUCGUGGGACUUGCCAACGUACUGA